UUUGUCACAAUGGGCCAAUGUCUUCGCCAAAACCUAUAAUUCAUGACCACGGGUACUAGAUACAGAUACUACGGGUAUUUAUUUGGCUUUCUGCUGACCGUGUUCAUUAGUUUCUUCUUCUUUGUCGUCAGUUAGUCAAACUGUCACUGCUACUACAGCGCCGCCCUCAGGCUGGUUGAGGCGUGACUCCUUCGGGAGCUCGGAGGAGCAAAGAUCAGGGGCGUAUAAGUCAUUUGGGGGCCCAAAGCAACCCUGGUCAUUGGGGCACUGCAAUGAGUUUAUUAGUUUAUUUCUCACCUCAACACAAGGUCUUCAGCGUGGGCAACAGGAAGUAGGCCAGAACAUUUUUCCUGAUGUUGAAAUCUGUUACAGUGAUCUUUUAGCUUUUGUUGCUAGCUACAUAGCCAUGGUUAUAUUACCCCCCCAAAAAGAAAAACAAAUCAAUAUUGUUUAUCGUCACCUAACAACUUCUCACAUUUCUCUUUUGAAUAUUGCGUUUUUAAAAAUCAAUAAAGCGGGAUGUGCUCGGAUACAAAAGUUGAAACUCGCCAAAAGGCCAUCAAGUAUUUGACAUCACGUGUAACCUUUGUUAUACCUGGGAAAUAUAAAUGCUUCCAUCACAUCAAGUUACGGGAAGGAUGAUUGCACAUUAAAAAGGAAAAAGUUCCACCCCCCUCGAGAGUGGGCGGGUCCACGAGCCACGAGUCAGCGUCACGCCAUAAAACCAACAGACACAUUUGACCUCCACUCUUUUUCCCUGCUACCUUUCUUCUCCUUCUACCGACACCUGACAUCCAUCAUCAUGAUGAUGUGCGGAGGACUCAACGAGCCUAAGGCUGCCGACCCAAAGAUCCAGGCCAUCUGCGAGAAAGUGAAGCCUCAUGUUGAGCAGAAAGCCGGCAAGUCUUUUGACGUCUUCACUCCCAAGAUGUAUCGGGAGCAGGUGGUGGCUGGGACCAACUUCUUCAUUAAGGUGCACGUGGGGGGAGAGGAUCACAUCCACAUCCGCGUCUUCAAAAAGCUGCCGUGCAACCCGGGAGAAGAUCUGGAGCUGAGCGGCAUCCAGGAGUCAAAGAGCCACUCCGACCCCAUCGAGUACUUCUGAGAGACUCGGCGUGUGAACGAUUCUUUUGACAAAGCGCACCUCUGUGUGUGUUCAUGGUGAGUUGUGUCGCGGAUGAACCAAUAAAGAA